UAAACCGAUGGACACACAGAAGCUCAAUUGCUUUCUCUUUCACUGGUCUAUAUCCUGUCUUUUCCGGACAGCGAAUUGGCUGUUUUCAGGAGCUUUUAGGUUGACUCAACUGCGAGCUGACACAGAGUCUUAACCUUUCUUUCCAUUCACCCUCUUGGAUCUUCUGUUUUCUCCUGUUGGAUUUUUUCUUCUAUUUUUCAGACCCGACUGCCUGCUCUUCAGCGUCCAUAUUAACCCUUCCUUUUCCCCUGCUCUCCUUUUCCUCCCAUCUUCCUCUGUUCCCUGUCCCCUUGUUUUUUGGCUAUGCUCUCCUCGCCCACUGUGAUUCUCCAGCCUUAUGGACUCCCCGUCUAUCCACAGACAACCACAUGCUACCCCGGCAUAGUUCAGGGGGGCCCCACUCAGGAGGCCGGCCCAGGCAGCGGAGACCCCACCCUGCCCCAGGUCUACGCUCCACCUCCCUCCUACCCUCCACCAGGUCAAGGGCCUACAUCUGCAGGUCGACUGCCAGCCCUCGACUUCAGCUCCGCACAUGCCACUUCAGAGUACCCCGAGCAUCCCCAGCUCAGAGUCUAUCAGGGCCCCCAGCUCGACGGGGCGGACACCCUGACACCCAGUAACACGGAGGAGGCUUUGGCCCCCGUGACCUCUGACCCCCAGUCUCUCAGUGUGUCGGUGUCAUCAGGGGGCGGAGCAGGAAGUGGGAGUGAGGAAGAGGGGUCAGGUAAGGCCCAACCGAAAAGGCUCCACGUUUCCAACAUCCCUUUUCGCUUCAGAGACCCAGACCUCCGCCAGAUGUUUGGUCAAUUUGGAAAGAUCCUUGAUGUAGAAAUUAUCUUCAACGAAAGGGGGUCUAAGGGCUUUGGAUUUGUUACUUUCGAGAGUGCUACUGAGGCCGACAGAGCAAGAGAAAAGCUGAAUGGGACGAUCGUGGAAGGCAGAAAGAUUGAGGUUAAUAACGCCACUGCAAGAGUAGUUACCAAGAAGCCCCAGACGCCGCUCGUGAAUGGUGACAUUUCAACUUCUCCGUGGAAGAUCAACCCUGUCAUGGGGGCGAUGUACGCACCUGAACUCUACACAGUUGCCAGUUUUCCGUACCCCGUAGCGACUCCCACCCUGGCCUACCGGGGCUCUGCGCUGCGUGGCCGGGGUCGAGCUGUCUACAACACAAUCCGCUCUGCUGCAGCUACACCUGCAGCUGUGCCCGCCUACCCUGGGGUUGUGUAUCAGGAUGGACUGUAUGGAACAGAAGUUUAUGGUGGCUAUCCUGCAGCUUACAGAGUGGCUCAGUCAGCAUCUGCUGCCACAGCGACCUACAGUGAUGGAUAUGGCCGGGUUUAUGCAACAGCUGCCGACCCCUAUCACCACUCAGUUGGACCAACGACGACAUAUGGAGUUGGUACAAUGGCCAGUUUGUACAGGGGAGGAUACAACCGCUUCACCCCGUACUGAGGGGAGGAGGCCUCUUUUGAACUCUGGGACUGACUGAUACAUGGACGCUGCAGGACAGGUUAUGAGAUCCUUAAACGUCAGACGUGUCUCCACAGCAUCCUCUCCGAAAAUGGACUGAAGUUCUGAGUACCGUAGGACCCAUUUACCGACCGAUCCGCUGGAGAAACUGAAGAUGUAUUUAUAGGCAGCCUUUAACUGGUUAUUAUUUUUCUGAAUAUUAAGAGUAUUGUCGGUAGAUGGUUAAUGCUGGUGACAAAUACUGUGAGAACGACUUUUUUCUUUUUGUGUUUAAUUUCUGGGAUUUUUUCAGGGGUCAGACUGUACAAAAACAUUUUGUACAAUGUUAAAUGACUUAUUUCUUUGAGCGUGUAUAUGUGCGUGUGUUUUUGUACAGCUAUCUUUCUGAGGACCAGGACUGUUUGGUGUAAAGUGAGGACACUUUGGCCGCUCUUCGCUUUUUUUUUUUUUUUCAAUUCUGUUUGAGAGUUGAGACAAUGGGAUAGAUUAAGGUUAGGAAUAGGGUAAGGGUUAGGGAAUGCAUUAUGUCAAUGAAUGUCCUCACAAAGAUAGCCAUACAAACGUGUGUGUGUGUGUGUGUGUGCGUGUGUGUGUGUGUGUGUGUGUGAGAGAGAGAGAGCGUGAGAGCAUAGAAUAGCAUAGUGAGAUUAUACUGUACAUGAACACUGUUGACUGUCAGACAUCCGUGACACUGGUUUUAUUAUUCAAACACAGACCUUCUGUUUGUCAGGAUGUAGCUGGACUUUGAUUUUUUUUCCCCCCCUCUAACUAUCUACCUCUCAGAUGUUUUUAGCUUUCCAUACAACCGUUUGACCGCAGUAUCUCUCACUUCCUUUCCUCUCCAUCUUUCUGCUCAUGAACAGUAACUAACAGGAUUAAAGGCCUGGCUCAAAGGCUCCUCAUCAGCAGAACAUUCACCUUCUGACCAUUUUCCCAUCUUUACUCUGCAGUGCGUACCUUUUACUGUCAUCUUUUCCCUCAGUCCUCCCUCAGUAACUUCUUGGCUUGUGUCAGUGAACUGUUCUUGACUUAUCUUAGUUUCUGUUGCACUCUUUCUUGCUUUGUUUGAUGUUUACUUCUGAAUAAAACUGUUUUCCCUCUC